GCGGAGAGGAUUCAUCUAUCGUCUCUUUAUCUCUCUUCCUCUUGAAUCGAAUUCAUCCACCUAAUUACGAUAUACCAUCAUCUCGAACCUGUACAUCAAAUCCCUCCCGAAACAUCCGCAACCAUGUCCCGGUUCUCCCGCUACGACACCGACGAGGAACGCCUCCCCGAAGGCAUGGAGCGAGUCGGCUACGAUGCUGACGAGCAAGUCUACACAUUCCGUGACGCCGAUGGCAGCUACUGGGAGAGCGCCCCAGGCAACCAGUACGGCCGCCUUACAAAGGUCGGGGAAUCCCGCAUUCCCGAGGACCACGAGCCCUUCAUCGUCUCGGAGCAGAACAAGAAGCUGUCAUGGCGGAACGAGAUGCGGCCAUUCCUCAACUUUAUGAUGCUCAUCGGCCUGUGCCUGUUUGGCAUGUUCUGGUUCUUCCACACCUCUGGAGGUACACGAGCCGAGGAGGGUAUGCCUCUGCCAGACUGCCCGGGUACCACGACACCCUAUUGGAUCAAGAGUGGCGAUACGUGCUGGGAGAUUGCAAAGUCGCACAGCAUCAGCGUGGAUGACCUGUUGAAGGAGAAUGUUGAGAUCUCCUGUGAUGCCCUCAAGCCAGAGCAUCGGAUUUGCCUGCCUAAGAGGGGCUCUAAGGAUAUGGAGACCAAUGAGGAGCCCAAGGGCAAGGAAGAGAAGGAGGCCUAAGCAACACAGACGGCGCGAUAGAGGCUGGUAUAGCUCUCGGUAUGAGCUGGAAAGGGAUCAGGACAUGGCGCUUGGCCAGAAACUGUUGGGUAUGGUAACAAGUUAUCGGUUCUUUUCGCGUUCAGGUAAGGGACCUGGAAUAGGUAGGAUAACGGAGGAAAGGGCAGACUGUUUACGACCGUGGGCCGUACGCAUCUGCGUACACAUCUGGAUAGGCAGCACUUUGAUCGUGUAGGCUCUGUUUUGGCGUUGUAGGCAUGGCGUUGAUUGCUUGAGUAAAUGCUUAUCGAUUUCUCUUUGG